CGCCCUCUAUAAACAUUCGUUUUGUGACAUCUACACAAGUAGGUCGAAUCAGUGUAAACAGAAGGAAAUUUGUGUAGUUUCGUUGUUUUUGUACGCAAGAAUGAUGGCUAAUAAUGAAAAUAGUGUAUUCCUAAACCUCAAGGAGUAUUUUAGAUAUUUAGGAUCCAUUCCUACUAGCAGAAAUUUAUUAGAAGGAGGAGCAGUCUUGAAUGCUGGGCAUAUUAUGAUGUGUGGAAAUUUGGGAAAGAGCAGCAGAGUCAUUGAAAUUUUUGGUUUGUGUUUGCAAACAUCGGCCCUCUCCUCAGAUCCUCACGAGAUUAUGGGGAAAAUUAUAAUCAAUGAAGAAACGGCCAUAAUAUCAGCAUUUACCUGUUCUUGUAAGGCCGGUUUAGGAGGGAGUUGCAAACAUAUUUCAGCAAUUCUAUUAGAGUGCACCAGGUUGUAUAAAUUCAAUGUAUUUGAUGUCUGAAUCAGGACUUGCAAUUUCUCAAUCAUAUAUACACAAUAUAAUUGUUAGUUUUUUUGUUGUUCCUUGUGUUUUUUGUUUCAGGACUGACCUUCUCAAACUUGAGAAAAUUUCAAGCACCGACCUAAAAUGCUGGUGGAAAAAGAAA